ACUAAUAAAACCCAAUCAUCUCAAACAAAUUCAUCGCGAGAGUCUCCUUAUCUUUUCAGGAUUAGUCAACAGAAGAUAACUUUGGCAGUAAGAAAACACUGAGAAGUAGAAAAUACAGCAGCUAUUUAUUUUACACAUUACGAAAACCAGAUUGCUCAAAUCUCAUUUUCCGAGGAAUUCGAACAGGUUCAAAGCUAAUCGGGGAAGAUGAAGAUCACUGUAAUGACAGCUGACGAACAAAUCCUCACUCUAGACGUCGAUCGCGACGAAUCUGUCGAGAACUUUAAAGCUCUUCUGGAAGUAGAGACACAAGUGCCACUACAGCAGCAGCAGCUGCUAUAUAACGGAAGGGAGAUGAAGAAUUCUGAGAAAUUGGGUGCUCUUGGUGUUACUGAUGGAGAUUUGGUGAUGAUGGUCUCAAAUGCUUCAUCUUCUGGUUCUAGAGCAUCCCCGAAUGAGGCAGGAUUUAAUCCAGAUGGUUCUGCAAUGAACCCCUCAGCUUUGCAGCAGCAAUUGCGUAACGAUUCUAAUGUAAUGGCCCAGCUGUUCCAGAGCGAUCCUGAGUUGGCACAAGCUAUCCUUGGAAAUGAUGUCAAUAGGCUACAAGACAUUUUACGUGCACGUAAUCGUCAGAGAGGUGAAUUACGACAACAGCAAGAUGACGAAAUGGCUUUACUUCAUGCAGACCCAUUUGACGUGGAGGCACAGAAGAAAAUUGAAGCAGCUAUUCGACAGAAAGGAAUUGAUGAGAACUGGGCUGCUGCUCUAGAAUACAAUCCUGAAGCUUUUGGAAGGGUGGUGAUGUUGUAUGUUGACAUGGAAGUUAAUGGCGUUCCUUUGAAGGCCUUUGUUGAUAGUGGAGCUCAGUCAACAAUUAUAUCUAAAAGCUGUGCCGAGCGUUGCGGAUUGUCGAGGCUUUUAGAUACACGGUAUAGGGGUAUUGCUCAAGGAGUUGGUCAAUCUGAGAUAAUCGGUCGGAUACAUGUUGCUCCCAUCAAGAUUGGGAAUAAUUUUUACCCUUGUACCUUCACGGUCCUGGAUUCUCCCAACAUGGAGUUUCUUUUUGGGCUGGAUAUGCUCCGCAAGCACCAGUGCAUAAUUGAUCUAAAGGAGAAUGUCUUGAGAGUUGGUGGAGGAGAGGUUUCUGUGCCUUUUCUGGCAGAAAAGGACAUUCCAUCUAAUUUAUUUGACGAAGAGAGGAUGAAGGAAGCAUCUAGCUCUGGAGCACAAGCAAACGAGAACAUCAAUACCCCAACAGGAAGACCUUCUGCCACCGGAAGCACUGGCGGGAAUGCUGCACAGGGACCUGAUUUUGAAGCGAAGGUAACAAAGCUUGUUGAGCUUGGAUUUAAAAGAGAACAAGUGAUUCAAGCUUUGAAGUUUUUUGAUGGUAAUGAAGAACAAGCUGCUGGAUUUCUUUUUGGGGGAUGAAGAUGAUUUUAUGUAACCUCAUAGGUCAUUAUUUAUUUUGUAACUUGUGUGCUUCAAAAACAUUUAUUCAUUUGAUAACUGCAGAGAAAAUUAUUGCAGUUCAACUUACCAGGAAACUAGAUUUGACAUUGAAGAGGACUUGUGUGUUUUAUUGGGGGAAUUGAAGGAAGAGGUUGGAGCUUUUAUAAUGUGAUGGAAGAAUUGUCUACUUCAUAGUUCAUUGUC